AUGGCUAAACAGUACACGUGCAUAGUUUGCACAAAACGUUUAAAACCAAAAGAUAGACGGCCAGUGGCAGGGUCACAAAAUAAACCACUAAGGAAAUAUUUAAGAAAAACAUUUUUAAUUGAAAGGACCUGCGACGAUGAUGUCAUAUGUAACAAAUGUAAGCUGGGAUAUUACCAAAAUAGCAAGACCAAGGACCGUAGGAAGGCCGUCGAAGUCAAGCAAUGUACAAUAAGAAGCCCUGUGUGUAACAUACGAGUAAAAUCUACAGGGAAAAGCCAUAGUCGCUGUGUUGUAUGUAACGGCUCGGCUAAGAAAAUGGUUGUAGUUUCGGCCAUGGCAAUUAGUGACAUGUUCCUACGAAGUGGUGUGCUCUUACAAAGCAAGGCACGGUCGUGUGCAGAACACAUAAAGAACGGCUUCUUUUUACCGUCCAUCUGCAAUGAAGAACAUUUUAAGUCCAAUCUUACCCAACCAACAACAAUGAGUGGAUCAGAAGUGACCCGUCUUCUCAUGAGGUUUUUAGAAUCUAAAACCAGCACAAAACUUAAGUUUGACCCGCCAGGUAACAUCAGCCCUGAAGAUUACUUAAACUUGACAGGUCUCACCAAGGAUCAGUUCGAUGACCUCACAUCCUUCGCAACAGCUGAAGAUUUACGUCAUUCUAGGGUACGGUCACUCAGAAGUUGUAUCGCAGUUUUACUGGUUAAACUUCGGACUGGCCUUGGUAAUGCCAUUCUUGGAACACUCUUCGGCAUGAACCGUUUUCAGGUACGAAGAACGUUAACAUCCGCCAGAAAUGCUCUAUUGAAAAACUUCGUUCCGCUGCAUGUCGGUUUUGGCCAUAUUACACGAGAUGAAGUAAUUCAUAGACACACACGGACGCUUGCCAAGGAACUGUUUGCACAUGGGUUGGACGUGGCCAUUCUUGUGCUAGAUGGCACCUACUUAUAUGUGCAGAAGAGUGGCAAUUACACAUUCCUGCGAAGGUCUUUCUGUGUCCACAAACACCGCCAUCUGAUAAAACCGAUGAUGGUGGUUACCACGACUGGAUACAUUGUCAGUGUACUGGGGCCGUACGUGGGUAAAAACAACGACGCCAGUAUACUCAACCACAUCGUUAAUGAGAAUGUCGAAGAAUUUCGACAUUGGAUACAAGAAGACGAUAUUGCUGUUGUAGACAGGGGAUUUAGGGACGCAGUUCAACUUUUGAAGGACCUCGGUGUCAAGACAGAAAUGCCCUCGUUCCUUGGACCCAAAGAAAAACAAUUCAAGACAAACAGCGCUAAUCACAGUCGAUUGGUCACAAAGAUUAGAUGGGUAGUAGAAUCGGCAAACGGACGGUUGAAAAACUGGAAAUAUCUUGAUCGCGUGAUACCCAAUUCUCAGAUCCCGUAUGCCGGAGAUUACACACGCAUAGUUGCGGCGAUCUGCAACAAGUACAGAUCCCCACUGAUAGCAGGUAAUGAUGAAGAUGACCUAUUGACAGCCGCGCGUCUGAUAUCAAUGAGCCGCCGUGAGAACCUCUUGCAAGCAAGGGUCGAAGAAGAAGGACUUGACCAUCUGACUAAGUCCUCCGGUUGGGCACUAUUGUCUGAACCUGGUGUGGUGCCGGACUUUCCAAAGCUGGACGAGUCCGACCUUAGGACUUUGACUGUUGGUGUUUACCAACUUAAGCUUGCGCCAUCCUACGUACAAGAGCACCUUGAUGAACAUGGCAACUUCGAUAUCUUUGUCCGCGAGCAAUCGCCUGGCCUUCUUUGUAUUAAAAUACAGAGCAGGCAUAUGUCAGCUAUCAGAUACAAAUGCUGGGUUGGGUAUAACGAGGGCGCCAUUAAUGGGUGGUACUGUAAAUGUAAGUCGGGGGCCAGGGUUGUUGGCAUGUGCGCCCACAUAACAGCGGUUGUAUGGCACUUGUCAUACCAGCGUCACGAUGUCAUGGCACGCGGUGUCAGGAACUGGACCGAUGCUCUAAUUGACACAGCUGAGCCUUAA